CCGCCCAUGACGCGCCUCGAACAGCGUUUCCUUCCUCGUCGCAACGCCGAGCACGCAGGUGCCUGCUGUCCCUCAUUUUCUCUAUGUUAGACAGAAAGGGUGGACGGUGAGGUGACUCUGUGUUUUAGACGACAUGGCAAAUGCGUUCGCUCGUUCUUUUCUCCAUAACAGCCCUAUUCUUUUACCUUAAUGGGCAUGACUCUCUCUUGCGAUCCCGCGCAAAGGCGCUGUCCGGCGCGCGAGAGCGGAGGAGACGAUGGCAGGUGCUUUAAAAGUCGAGCUCGGUUCCGCCUACUUGCAUUAUCCUUGGCCGCCGGACUCGUGUAGCUUUCUCGUCUCGAGGUCACUUUGCGACGGGACAAAGAAUGCGCGCGGGUUGUAGCACGCGCGCGUCCAGCGCGAGUUGUCACUUGGGUCUGUGGCGUGCACACCGUUGGCACCGUGCUCUUCGGAAAACAACAUGCCCACGGUGGCCCAGCUAACCAUCCCCGCCGCCGCCUUGGUGUGGCUGGCAGCUCAGCGACUGCCUUCGCUCGUGUCCGCCGCCACGAACCUCAGCCUGGCGGUGCUGGCGCUGUACUCUGGAUACUGGUUGCUGUGGCACGCCCGCCGAGCACUUUUCAAUGGGCUGGUCGAUCCGAAAGGGAAGUGCGUUCUCAUCACCGGUUGUGACAGCGGCUUCGGUCACAUGCUGGCGAUGCAGCUGGCCAGGGAAGGAUUUUUCGUUUUCGCGGGGUGCUUGGACGAAAAAGGUGAUGGUGCCAAGGUUAUAAAGAACACGGAGAACACUUUAGUGCUGCAAAUGGACGUCACCAAGAAAGACGAAAUAAGUGAAGCACUACGAGUCGUUCAAAGCAACUUGGACGGAAGAGAGCUGUGGGCGGUUGUCGCCAACGCUGGAGUCGCCUGCUUGGGCUACAUUGAGUGGCAGCCCAUAAGCAGGGUGCGGUCAGUUUUCGACGUCAACAUGUUUGGAGCCCUGUCGGUUUCAACAGCCUUCUUGCCCCUGCUAAAGAAAUCUCGGGGCCGGCUGGUCAUCGUGACAAGUUUAUUGGGUCGUAUGACCAUGCCCGAGUACCUGGCUUACUGCAUGUCCAAGUGUGCCUGCACUUCUCUGGCUGACGGCCUUCGUCGACAGUAUUUCAACACGGGCCUGCGGGUGUGCAUGGUCGAGCCAGGAGCAUACAGAACAGCGCUGGUGAACCACUCUCGGAUGGAAGAAGCGUUCGACCGGGACUUGGAGCUGCUUCCCGACAGAGUACGUGAGAGAAUCAACCAGAAAGUCGUCGCUUACUUCAAGCAUACUGCCGACGUUCUUCAUUCGUCCUUCAUGAGGGACGAGCUUCAGGAAGUGGUAGACGCGAUGAGGAUGGCCGUUCAAGAGAAGCUGCCUCGAGCGUCCUACAAACCGGGAGCCACCGUGCUGGGUCUGGUUCGAUGGUUGCACAGCGUCGCGCCGGCCGAGCUGGCUGACGAAGUCAUGGACGCGGCCCGCAGGAUAUCGACGCUCGUGAAGAGAAAGUAGCAAGCGUUUUUGGCGUGAGCGUGGCUUGAUGUUGCCUUGAGGAGUUGAACAUGGCUUGAACGCAACCCGAAUCCCUACGCGCCAAAACUAUAGAGAGUGCCAUCAAUAAGAACUUUGUGCAAAACUCUUAAACAACUUUAUAUAAACCUCUGUAAACCUAUUAGAGGUAUAUUAUGUAUUAAACCGAAGCUUUGCUUUCCCAGGUUUGGCGUGGCUGUUGGCCGUCGGAUCGGUUGCUAACUCGGCGGGUAUACUUGUGGAUACAUGUACAAAGGUUAACUUACUUAUAUAACCCGUGUCCGCUGACCGAGUAUGCGCCCCUCUAUUUUGGUUAACAAAACAUUCGGCAGAACCCAUCU